UAAUCGAAUUGUCUGAACGUACUUGUACCUCCCAAACUCAAUUUUAUUACCCGGUUUUUCUAUUUGCAAUUUUUCCAUAUCGUUUUAAAAAAUGGGUGAUCCAACAUCAGACGACGAAAGUGGUUCAUCCGGAUCAAGUCGCAGUGGGAGCCGCAGCCGCAGUGGCACACCGCAAGGAGGGAGUGCACCCGGAUCCCCUACUAGCCAAAAGUCUGGUAGCGGAAGCGAUCGCUCACGUUCUGGUUCCCGGUCGUCAAGAUCUCGCUCGGGAUCUGGUUCGCCACGCAGUGCAAGGUCAGGAUCUGCUCACAGCAAACGUUCGGGCUCGCAUCAGAGUCGUAGAUCGGGAACGCCCCAUAGCCGCAGAUCUGGAUCUCAACAUAGCCAGAAAUCUGGAUCUCCCCAAAGCCACAGAUCCGGCUCGGCUCAAAGCGCCAAGUCUCGUUCCCGAUCUCGCAGUCGCAGUGGUAAAGAAGAAUCCCGUUCAAAUUCACCCAACCUUCAGAUUGACGAUGAACGUGCCAACUCAAAGAGCAAGAGCAGGAGUCGCAGUAGGAGCAGAAGUGGCAGCCGCAAGGGUGGGAGCCACAGAAGCGGCAGCCACAGGAGCGGUAGUCAUAAAAGUGGAAGUCGUGCCUCGAGGUCUCGCUCGAAGACUGGGUCGCCAACAUCGAACCGUAGUCGCAGCCGGAGUCAAAGUGGUUCUGGUUCUGGUAGUGAUAUAGGUGUUCCUAAAAAGAAGGUGCAACGCUCAGGUGGUUCCGACCAAGAAAAACGGAAGAGUGGAAGUGAUAGCGACAUGGAGGAGUCUCCAACCAAAGCGAAGAAGUCGCGAUUAAUCGAUUCGGACAGUGAGAGUGAGGUCGAUGAGAAGAAGAAGGCUGCGCCCGCAGCUGCAGAUAUUUUUGGCGAUGCUGAUGAUAUCAGUGACGAUGAAGAAGAAGCCCAAGCGGCGGCCAGUAAAUCCCCAGCGCGUUCAAAGAGUCGCAGCCUCAGCAGGUCCCGAUCGCGUAGUCGUUCAAUGAGUCGCUCCCGUUCAAGGUCCAGAUCCCGUUCUCGGGACAGAGCUGAAGUCCAGACAGAGCCCCCACCGAAGGAAGACGAGCCCGAACCUCUGCCUGAAACCAGAAUCGAUGUAGAGAUACCGCGAAUUUCAGCCGACCUUGGUAAAGAGCAACACUUCAUCAAACUACCGAAUUUCUUGUCUGUGGUCACGCAUCCCUUCGAUCCCGAGACCUAUGAGGAUGAAAUCGACGAAGAGGAAACCAUGGACGAGGAGGGUAGACAGCGCAUUAAGCUCAAAGUGAGCAACACGAUUCGAUGGCGAGAGUUUAUGAACAACAAGGGCGAGAUGGUGCGCGAGUCCAAUGCAAGAUUCGUUCGAUGGUCGGAUGGCAGCAUGUCUCUUCAUCUGGGAAACGAGAUAUUCGAUGCUUACAGACAGCCAUUGCUGGGUGACCACAAUCAUUUGUUUAUUCGCCAGGGUACUGGUCUGCAGGGCCAGUCUGUUUUCAGGACUAAGCUGACAUUCCGUCCGCACUCCACGGAGUCGUUCACUCACAAGAAGAUGACCAUGUCGCUGGCGGAUCGUUCCAGCAAGACCAGCGGUAUUAAGAUCCUUACGCAGGUGGGCAAGGAUCCGACCACGGAUCGAUACAGCCAGUUGAAAGAGGAGGAGGCUAAGCUUCGUCAAGCUAUGCGGAAUCAGCACAAGGCUGCACCUAAAAAGAAAAAGGCAGGAGCUAGUGAACCGCUUAUUGGUGGCGGAACCUCCUCAUAUCAGCACGAUGAUGGUAGCGACGAUGAGAAUGCUAUUAGUUUGAGUGCCAUUAAGAACCGGUACAAGAAAAACGCGGGUGGACCGCAAGCGGAGGUGAAGGCAUCCACAAUUUAUUCGUCUGAUGAAGACGAGGGCUCUGACUUCGAAGGACGUCGAAGCAAAAAGGUGAGGGACAAGGCAAAGGCCAGCAAGGCUCUUCGCGAUUCCGACAGCGAAUCAGAUGUUGGAAGUGUCAAGAGCGGAAAGAGUGGCAAGAGCGGCGGAGGAGCUGCCAGUGGUAGUGAUCGCGAAGGAAGCCGCAAAAGCGCCAGCAGCAAAUCUGGCAGUGGCAGUGGAAGCGGUAGUGGCAGUGGAAGUGGUUCCGGCAGCGGGUCAGGAAGUGACAAUGACGAUUAGGAUCCAUGUAUUGUUUUAACUAUUUCAUUACAUCGCCCAAUAAAAUAAGAUUUCAAAUUCA